GACGCAAGACUCGGGACGCCGGACGUUCGGCACUCUUAAUGCAUUUUGUUUUAAGUGUGCAGUUUCUAAUUUGGCUAAAAUGGACACUUCUCCAGUCGAAAUUUAAUCGAUUUCAGAAAUGAAACCGCUGAUCAGAUAUUUGUGAUUUUUUUUGGAUGUUUUUAAACACGCGCACGCAAGAAAACAAGAGUUUCAUGAUGAAGAUGAAUUGUGGCGAACUGUUCUGGAUAUGAUUCAUAUAUUUGUUUUCUUCGGUCUGUUCCUGUGUUUCUCGAAAGGUGUGUUUGGUGUUGAUACGGAUGGAUUGAAGUCAGUGUCGGUGAUGGAGGGAGAUUCUGUCACUCUACACACUGAUCUUACUGAAAUACAGAGAAAUGAUCAGAUACUGUGGAUGUUUGGACCUCAAGAGACUCGAAUAGCUGAAAUUAUUAAACGGUUCAACUCGAGCUUUAUAUAUGAUGGUGAUGAUGGAAGAUUCAAAGACAAACUGCAGUUGGAUGAUCAGACUGGAUCUCUCAUCAUCAGAAACAUCAGAAUCAAACACUCUGGACUUUAUAAACUACAGAUCAUCAGUAACAGAGGAAACUCAUACAAGAGAUUCAAUGUUACUGUAUACGCUCCUCUGCCUGUUCCUGUCAUUAUCAAUAACUCUUCAAUCUGUUCAUCAUCAUCAUCAUCAUCAGGAAGAUCAUCGAGCCCAAAAUGUGUCUUUCAAUGUUCAGUGGUGACUGUGACACAUGUGACUCUCUCCUGGUACAAAGGAAACAGUUUAAUGUCCUCCAUCAGUGUGUCUGAUCUCAACAGAAGUCUCUCUCUACCUCUGGAGGUGGAAUAUCAGGAGAACAACACCUACAGCUGUGUGAUCAACAAUCCCAUCAGAAACCAGACUAAACAGCUCGACAUUACUGAAGUCUGUCAGAUGUGUUCAGAACAGACACGUUCAUAUCUCAUGUCACUGAUAGUUGCUGGAGUUGUGGCACUGGUGAUAAUUGCAGUUUCUGGAGUGAUUUACUGCCACAUCAGAGAUCGUAAACAAGCAAGUCAAGAGGUCCAAUCUCAUGAAAAUGAGAUACAUUAUGCUCAACCAAACCUUUGUGCACAAUAUGUUCACAAUACGGAAACUAAUGGAGCAGAUCUCACCGAAUACUCGAGUGUUAAGACAAGCUAAGGCCACGUCAACUCGACUUUGCAGGAUUUCUGUGUUAUUCAUUUUACCAACAUACAUUAAGUCAAACUUGCAGCAAACUUUUCAAAGGAAGUUACUGACGGAUUCCAGCACAUAAAGCCACAUUUCAACAACUCUAUAUCUCACAAUCCUGUCCUGCCCAGACUUGAGACAGAUCUGAUCCACCUUAUUACCAUCUUCAUAAUAAACAUCUUAAGAACUGCACACAGAGCUAAGAUAAGAUCUUGUCUAGACUUUGAGUAUUUAACCUCAUGUCACAUCUGCCUACAAAACAUGCAUCAGUGUUUCUUUACACUUUCGUAUUUCAAAGCAAAUAGUUAACAAGUCACAGAAUCAGUUUUACAACACAAGAACUGCACUGGAUGUCUAGAUUUGUCGUUUUUAAGUAUUUGAGAUAUUAAGUUUUGUGUCUGUAUCCUCGAUAUUGUUUCCGUUAUUUACUGACUAUUUUAUUAUUGUUUGAUGUUGCUUUGACAUGUAAGUGAAUAACAUUUUAAUAGACUUUGUGGAGUAGAACUUCUUUAUACUGUUUUUAACCAAAUAAAUCUCUGUUAAUCGAAGAAGCCCUGGUUUCAAUCCAGUACUCUUUCUUAAUACCAGUUACUUUUCUCUAAUGUCAGAACAUGUUCACACACAUUUGGACCCAAGGUGGGAAAACUGGAAUGUUCCAGCCCCCAUUUUCAUUCUUUGCUUCUGACAUUUGCUUUUCAUGCUGGAAACAUGCAUUACAGUAUAUUAGAUUAGAAUAUAUCAACACCAUCAAUUGAGGAACAUCCACUCAUUAUUGAAUUACUGUCAUGUCAUCUUAAACUCAAAUGACUUUCUCUCUUUUAUGGAAAACAAAGAUAUUUUGAAGAAUGUCUGAGAUGUGUUUGUCAGUUCAAUGCAAGUUAAUAUGAUCCAAAACUUUCAUGCUCCACAAUGGACAUAAAGGCAGCACAAAGGUAAUCCAGACAACUCCAGUGGUUUAAUCCAGGUCUUCUGAAGUGAUGCAAUCCAUUCUCACUGUGUUAUGUACAUGUGAGCUCCAUCUUCCUGGUGUAAACGUGCCAGAUGUUACGAUUUAUACUGAAUAAGGACUUACAUUUUCAUAUGUUUCUCUACAAAAGGAUUUAAUUCCCUCCUUUAUUGGGAUUCAAUAUUUAAUGGGGACAACAAAUAUAAUUUUGAAAGUUUGUGCUCAAUAUAUUUUACAACCUGAGUCAGGAUUUAUUUUUCCUUUUGUGUUUGUAUUCUUCUCCAGUUAUGAAAAAAAAAACGAUUUUUUAUUUUAACAUGCAUUUUUCAGGAAGUUAUUCGCAUGUAUUUGAGCGUUCAACUUGAAGCAAUAUGUCGUUAAUAGACUCAUGAAUAAAACUGUAUUAUGUGAAAAUCAUGAAACUUUAUUGGGUUUAAUGCUGUUUAACAAACACUGGUUGGAAAAACCAACAAUGUGGAACUGUAUAGCCUAUACUAGGUAUGACAUGACCAUAUAUAUUCCUAGAAAAGUCUUCAUUUCUUCUAUUGUCAUGGCCAGAUUUUCUUUUCCUUUUUUGGUGUGCAUACAUGUUAGUGUUGUGGAUUAGUGUUGUGCAUUUCAUCUAUCAGAUCUGUGGGGAAAAGAUGCAUAAAUAAAUCAACUGGUUUCUUUCCCUGGACAUUCACUUUCCACUCUCC